GUUCUCAGUUGAAACAAAUUCCAAAUAAGAGAACCAACUGUUUUCCCGCUAGAGUAAAAGUUUGGAUAAAGUUUUCUUCUCCUCAAUUUGUUUUGCGAUUCGUUAAUUUCGUUUUGACAUACAAUCAUGUCUUGGUGCACUAUUGAAUCGGAUCCAGGUGUUUUCACUGAACUUAUACAGCAGAUGCAAGUGAAAGGUGUUCAGGUUGAGGAGUUGUAUUCUUUAGAUCUGGAUUCACUAGACAAUUUAAGGCCAGUUUAUGGGUUAAUAUUCCUCUUUAAAUGGCGCCCUGGAGAAAAGGAUGACCGUCUUGUAAUAAAGGAUCCAAACCCGAACUUGUUUUUUGCCAGCCAGGUAAUAAAUAAUGCCUGUGCAACCCAAGCAAUCCUGUCGAUUCUGCUGAACUGUCCUGAUGUUGAUAUUGGGCCAGAGCUGUCAGCGCUGAAGGAAUUCACAAAAAACUUUCCGCCUGAGCUUAAGGGGUUGGCUAUCAAUAACAGCGAAGCAAUCCGCACAGCGCACAAUAGUUUCGCAAGACCCGAGCCCUUUGUACCCGAAGAGCAGAGAGCAUCUGGGAAAGACGAUGAUGUGUAUCACUUCAUAAGCUAUAUACCAGUUGAUGGGGUACUUUACGAGCUUGAUGGGCUGAAAGAGGGACCUAUAAGCCUGGGGGCGUGCCCUGUUGGGGGACAAGGUGAUAUGGAAUGGCUACGCUUGGUACAACCUGUGAUUCAGGAGCGCAUCGAGAGGUAUUCCCAAAAUGAAAUAAGAUUCAAUCUGUUGGCCAUAAUAAAGAACAGGAAAGAAAUUUACACAGCUGAACUCAAAGAACUCCAGAGGAAGAGGGAACGAAUCCUCCAACAACUUAGUGUGUUGCAGUCAGAGACAAUGGUAGAAGGAACUGUGCACGCGCUUAACAUGUCGCUUUCAGAGAUAAACGCUGGUAUUGAAGCUGAGACUGAGAAGAUAGUGAUGGAGGAGGAGAAGUUCAAGAAAUGGAGAACCGAAAACAUCCGUCGAAAGCACAAUUACAUACCCUUUCUCUUCAACUUCUUAAAGAUCCUUGCUGAAAAGAAGCAGUUGAGACCGCUCAUAGAAAAGGCCAAACAGAAAUCCUCCAAAUCUUGAGGGGGGCUAUCCGUACAGGUCAACUUUGGAAAAAGCUGCUAAUGUUAACUCUUAAGUUUAUUCACUGUUUAAGGUUUUGCUUAUUUUUAUUUUUAAUUAUUUUUGCAUGCAUGACUUUUAUUUAUGUGGUUAUGUACUACAGUAUAAGAUUUUUAUGGAUGUUACCUACAGAUUCUAUUUAAUACAGUACUACUUAAAAUGUUGAAA